AUGUCUGCGGAACCAGACCAUACCCAUCACAAGGGCAAGGUCAACCUAAACGAUGCCUCUGGUGCCGAGAAGAAAGAAGAGCUUGACACCUCAACCGCCAUCCUGAAGAAGAAAAAGAAGCCAAACUCGUUGAUUGUAACGGACGCCACCAACGAUGACAACUCCAUCAUUGCUCUUUCCAACAACACCAUGGAAACCCUACAGCUCUUCAGAGGAGACACAGUGCUUGUGAAAGGAAAGAAGCGCAAGGACACUGUACUGAUCGUGCUCGCUGAUGACGACCUCGAUGACGGAAACGCCCGUAUCAACCGAGUGGUUCGCCACAACCUGAGGGUCAAACAUGGCGAUAUCAUCACAGUUCACCCGUGCCCCGACAUCAAAUACGCCAAGCGCAUUGCUGUCCUCCCCAUUGCCGAUACAGUCGAAGGCCUCACUGGCUCUCUCUUUGACGUCUUCCUUGCUCCCUACUUCCGCGAAGCCUACCGACCAGUCCGCCAAGGCGACCUUUUCACAGUCCGAGCUAGUAUGCGGCAAGUGGAAUUCAAAGUAGUGGAGGUGGAUCCGCCUGAAUAUGGCAUUGUUGCACAAGAUACCAUUAUCCACUGCGAGGGAGAUCCGAUCCAGCGCGAAGAUGAAGAGGGCAACCUGAACGAGGUCGGAUACGACGACAUUGGUGGUUGCAGAAAGCAGAUGGCUCAAAUCCGAGAACUGGUUGAGUUGCCUCUGCGCCACCCUCAGUUGUUCAAGUCCAUCGGUAUCAAGCCUCCACGUGGUAUUCUCAUGUAUGGACCGCCCGGUACAGGCAAGACCCUGAUGGCCCGAGCCGUUGCGAACGAGACCGGUGCCUUCUUCUUCCUCAUCAACGGACCCGAAAUCAUGUCCAAGAUGGCUGGAGAGUCAGAGUCGAACCUACGAAAGGCGUUCGAGGAGGCCGAAAAGAACUCUCCUGCCAUCAUUUUCAUUGAUGAAAUCGACUCAAUCGCGCCCAAGCGAGAGAAGACGAAUGGUGAAGUUGAACGACGUGUCGUUUCUCAGCUACUCACUCUCAUGGACGGCAUGAAAGCUCGUUCCAACGUUGUGGUUAUGGCCGCCACCAACCGACCUAACUCCAUCGACCCUGCUCUUCGACGCUUCGGUCGUUUCGAUCGUGAAGUCGAUAUUGGUAUUCCCGAUCCAACCGGACGUCUCGAGAUUCUUCAGAUCCACACCAAGAACAUGAAGUUGGGUGAUGACGUUGAUCUGGAGGCUAUUGCCGCGGAGACACACGGUUAUGUUGGUUCUGAUAUCGCAUCUCUCUGCUCCGAAGCCGCUAUGCAACAGAUUCGCGAGAAGAUGGAUCUCAUCGAUCUUGAUGAGGACACGAUUGAUGCCGAAGUGCUGGACUCACUAGGUGUCACGAUGGAGAACUUCCGAUAUGCUCUAGGCGUGUCCAAUCCUUCGGCCCUACGCGAGGUCGCCGUGGUCGAAGUUCCCAACGUUCGCUGGGACGACAUUGGUGGUCUCGAAAACGUCAAGCGCGAGCUCAUCGAAUCCGUGCAGUACCCCGUUGAACACCCUGAGAAAUUCCUCAAGUUCGGCCUUUCUCCGUCCCGAGGUGUUCUGUUCUACGGACCACCUGGAACUGGUAAGACUAUGCUUGCAAAAGCAGUCGCCAACGAAUGUGCAGCAAACUUCAUCUCGGUCAAGGGUCCUGAGCUUCUCAGCAUGUGGUUUGGUGAAUCCGAGAGCAAUAUCAGAGAUAUCUUCGAUAAAGCCAGAGCUGCCGCACCUUGCGUGGUCUUCCUUGAUGAACUCGACUCUAUUGCCAAAUCUCGUGGUGGCUCGGUUGGUGACGCUGGUGGUGCAUCGGACCGUGUUGUCAACCAGCUUCUUACUGAAAUGGAUGGCAUGACUGCAAAGAAGAAUGUGUUCGUCAUUGGUGCCACCAACAGACCGGAGCAGCUUGACAACGCCCUUUGCCGACCUGGCCGUCUUGAUACCCUGGUCUAUGUGCCACUUCCCGACGAAGCAUCUCGUGCGUCUAUUCUCCGAGCUCAACUCCGGAAAACCCCUGUGGCUCCCGAUGUGGAUAUCGACUUCAUUGCUAGCAAAACCCAUGGAUUCUCCGGUGCCGAUUUGGGCUUUGUGACCCAGCGUGCCGUUAAACUUGCAAUCAAGGAGUCGAUCGCUGCCGACAUUGAACGCCAGAAAGAGCGUGAAGCUGCCGGCGAGGAUGCCAUGGAGGAAGAUGAUGUCGAAGACCCGGUUCCUUGCCUCACGAAGGCCCACUUUGAGGAGGCAAUGAAGGUUGCUCGCCGGUCAGUCACUGACGUUGAGAUCCGCCGGUACGAGGCAUUCGCCCAGGCCAUGAAGCAGAGCGGCGGCAGCGCAUUCUUCAAAUUCCCGACUGAAGAAGAGACUGCUAAUGCUGCGAACGGAAAUGGCUUCGGCGAGGCUGGCAAUGAUGACAGCUUGUACGACUAG